UWAAGUCCUAAGGGMCACGGGUAUAWCUAUUUYUGGCAGCGAGGAAAGAGCGACAGACACUUAAAGGACACUUACGAAAGUAUCUUGAUGAAAAUGAAUACAAACAUAACAAAUAAUUCUGUGGAUACAACAAGUUGUACUAAUUCUUCGAUAUCGUCAYUUCAGAUUGCUAAGGGAGCUAUUUUGAUUACAACGUCUCCUUUCAGUAUACUUGGAUCAGCAUCAAUAGUUAUUGCAGUAAUCGUAAAAAAGAAACUGCUCAAUCCAGAGGUGAGACCACUCUUUCAUCUUUCCGUGGCUGACUUUUUGGCUUCUUCAUUCUGGUGUCUUUAUGGUGCACUAAUAUUAUACGUACCAUUUGGAUCGAGUUGUUCCGGAAUAGAGUUUUGCCCGUAUUUGCAAACCAUUUUGGGYUGUCUGUUACCUCAUACUUGGUUUUUCACUAUUCUGCAUGCAUAUGAAGCAUAUUCAAGGCUUACAGCACACUUGAGUAGAAGAACAUUUCCUAGAAUUGACGAGACAUCUUUAAGGAUAUUUUGUGUGUACGCGUUUGCUUGGAUUUGUCCUGUGGCCGUGGUAUGUUUAUUUCUUAUUCUGAGUUUAGAAAACGGUCAACCUCUACAUGAUGAGACCUGUGACGUGUAAGUAUAACAAAUUAUUAUUAUUUKCAAUGUGAUUACUUUGCAAUGCGCAGUGAACAAUCUGAAAAAGAACACCUCAUAGGGGGAGGGUUGGGGAGUGUGG